GUAAUCAUACCGGAAGUGUUCCAAGUCCAGCGCUGUCAACUCUAGGUUGAUCCAUUUCCUUGCCUUAAAACGGUGAACUCUAUGACUUUUCAACCGAUAUAACAUCAUUGCUGUUACUUUAAUCACAAGUAGUUAUCGCGCUUCGUUGAGUAUCCAUGAAGGCGGUAAUUCUUGCUGCUGGCUACGGAACCAGGCUCCAGCGGGACGUCGCAGCCGACCGCAGCGGGCGCUUCGCUCACCUGGUCGGCAUCGCCAAGCCGCUUCUGCCGGUAGGGAACCGCGCUCUCCUCAGUCACUGGGUCCAAGCACUGACUGCCUCGAACGUGGUGGACGGCAUUUAUGUAGUGACCAACGCACUUUACCUGCCUGCUUUUGAAGAAUGGGCUGCAAACUUUCCAAAUGUCAGCAUUGUCAGUGACCAGACCAGAAGCAAUGAUGCGCGUCUUGGUGCGGUGGCCUGUCUCCAGCUGGCUGUGAAGCACUUUCAGAUUGAAGACCAUGUCUUUGUGAUUGGAGGUGAUACGCUCUUCCAAGAGGAUUUCAGCCUCGCUAAGCUCCAGUCCAGGUUUUUUGAGCUCCAAGUGGAAUGUGAGGACAACAGUGUGCUGCUGUCCUACCAGUGCAGAGACGAUGAAACUCACAAAUACGGAAUUGUAGAAGUUGAUGGUAAGCUUCGGGCUUUGAACAUGAAGGAGAAACCGCUGCCCACUGAGACCAAGUCAAGAAGAGCGUGUCCUUGUUUCUACGUGUUGUCCAAGAAAAGUCUCCCUCAAUUGGACAACUUCCUCCAAGACAAAAAAGUAAUGGUAAUCAUCUGCACUGCUCUUUCAACAAUACUGUAUCAUUUGAAUCAAUAUUUCAACCACGCCAGGAUGCUCCUAUGCAGGAAAAAGACGCCCCUGGAAACUUUGUGUCUUGGCUCAUUCCACGACAACCUGUGUAUGUGUACGAGAUUGGCGGCCGUUUCGACGUGGGAAACUUGCAGUCUUACAUAGACUGUGACCAGUAUUUUAAAGAAAAACUCCAAGACAUGAACUCGUACAUGGUGUAGAGGAAGCAAAAGGCGCAUAAUUCUUUAUUUAAUUGAAUAAUGUAAUCAAAAGACAAUUAAAGAAUUAUAAACGGGGAUUCUUUUCUCCUACAUGCCAAGUAGCCUCCCGCACUGGUCCGACGCCUUCUCGCGGCCAUUCUCCAUCUUGGCGAUGCGCGAACCAAACUGCAUGGCCCUCUUGGGCAGGACGGCGGAUGCCCCAAGGCCCAGGUGGCGGGCGGCCAGCCUCAGCAGCAGUUUCUCGCCAACGCCCCGCGGGAGCGUCAGGUCAGCCUUGUCGCACAUGGGCAAAGAGUUCAGGUAGCUCACCACGCUCUCAUCCAAGUAUGGGAACCUGAGGAAAGAGAUUUUAAUAAAGUUUGCUUCUCCAAUUUUUUUUCACCAAAUACCCCCUUAUAACUAGUAUUACUAAAGUCAAAUACAACUGAACUCUACUUGGGAAGUGAUUAUUUUGCCUGUACUCUAGGGAUGUCCCGAUCACAUUUUUAGAACCUGAAUGAGAGUCACUUGAUUUUGAGAAUCUGCCGAUACAGAGUCCCGAUCCGAUACCUCCCAAAAUUUGUUUUGUUUUUAUUUGAACAAAAGUUCCAAACAUGUUCUAAUAAAGUACAUUUGACAGUACUUCAUUUUCUGCUUUUUCCGGGAGUGUUGGGGAAUACAAAACAUAUUUUUGUAUCUUUUGGCAAUGCCGUCGUAUUUCUGGAUUAUUUUGCUACGUUUUAGCCCUUAAAAAGUAAAAAAAAAAAUGUUUUGGCCUGAACGAUAUGGGAAAAAAUUAACACUGCGAUACAUAUCGCCAAAGCUCCACACUUAGCAUUGGUUGCAGAGGUCCGCGUAACUUUUUUCUUAAGGUGCACCAGCACAAAAUGUAGGCGCACCCACAUUUUCCCAUUAUAUCACCUUUAACGCCAUACUUUUAAUCACUCUACAUAAAAUUCAUAUAAUUCAUUCAUCUUCUGAACUGCUUAUCCUCAUGAGGGUCGCGGGGGUGCCGGAGCCCAUCACAGCUAACUCCAGACACGCAACCAUUCACGCACACACACCUACAAACAAUUUGGAAUGCUCAAUCAGCAUACCAUGCACGGUUUUUCGGGUUGUGACAGGGAAUUGGAGAAAAUCCAUGCAGGCACGGGUAGAACAUGCUAGGAUUGAACUUGUGAUCCCGGAACUGUGAUGUGGACGUUUUAACCACUAUCUCACCAUGCCGCCUUCAUAAUGUGAUUUUUAAAUAAGAAUAAUGUGGAAAAAUGCUUGUCUUUAUUAAAUGCUUCAUUGAGUGAGUCCAUUCAAAUUCACUCACGCUUUGACGGUCACGCUCCCGAGAGUAGCCUCUCGAGAACUGAGAUUGACUAAGCGAUGAUUAACACGUUUUUGCCUUUGAUCGUAGAGCUACCGAGCUUUCUCUCGCCAGAUCAAAGCUACAAACCUGUCAAUCAUCGUUAACUUUAAGUACCAAAUGCCAUCUCCACUGGUGACCAAGAAAAGCAGCAGGAGGGAAGAUGAGAGGCUGUACGAGCAUGUAGCAAAAAACAUUUUUGAAAAUUUAAAACCCGAGCCUUUUCACCUGAUUCUGAUCCUCUGGAAAAAAUGGCGUGAUCGGCCCAAUUUCCGAUCACGUGAUCGGAUUGGGACAUCCCUACUGUCCACUUACUUUUGUGUGAAAUUAAUAUUCCAUGUCAAUUUUAUUACUACUAGCCUUUAAAAAUGUGUUUCUCUGCCUAAGAUUUGGACGUUGAGUUCGGUGAAAAUCUGUAAUUUUUAAGCACCAAAAAGAUUAUUUGGAAUCACUGUCACUCUUGUUGAAACUUUGUGGUUUAAGCUGCUGUAUUGGCCAAGCUUUCUUUGGAAAAGAGAUCCUUGUGUCUCAGUGGGAAUGACCCAGUUAAAUAAAAGCAAAUAAUUGCAGCCUUUACGAGUGAGAAUCCGAUCUGAUGUUUUCCUUUUUAUUAGUGCACUUGGACCAGUUCCUUAAAAGUUCAGUCCUUAUGGACCGGUGGUGGGCAUUUUUUGUCAAUUCAGCGUUUGACAAACUUCACAAGUAACCGUUUUACAUUGUCAAACAAAAAAUAAAAACACAGCAAUUUUCUUAAACCUCUAACCUGGCCUCUUUCCCGUGGUCUGCAAUCACCCUGUCAUCUCUGCCCAAGUUCCUGGAGGAGAUCCUGCCAAGCUCCAUGGCUAUUUCCUGGACCAGUCCCUCAUGUCCAGAUGUCUUGAACCUCACUCUAUGUCUUGCGUAGCCCGCUAGCUGCUCAUCUGCUCCGAUACCAGUUAGAAUAACCUGAAAGGAGGGUAAAAAUGAAUGCUUCCUUCAUAGCACAAUUUGACAAUUCAAUUAACCAGCAGCAACAUUAGGAUUCGUCCAAUGAUCUCGACGCAUGCGGAGGUGUCGUCAGACACAACUCAGUACCUUGGCUGAAGACGUGAAGCUGCUCUGGUUCUGGUCCUGGGCUAGGAACCCUUUGGCCCUGGCUGCGAACCACACUGCGCACCCAAUACUGUCGUCCAAUACAGUGUUUAGUGGAUGUACUAAGUGACUGAUGCGUUCAUGCCUCAUUUGUUGGAGCUCCUCUCGUGUUACAUCCACUUCUACAAAGUUCCAUUUCCUCUCUGGAGCUAAGCCUCGUAGUUCCUUAAGGCCAGAUUUGCCGGUGAUUCUGUCUGGCACAUCAAAUUUGUUAUAAGUUCCAGGUUCAGACUUACUCUGACUGGGUUUUUGUCUUUUGGAUGUCUCUUUCAGAGUCUCCUUGCAUUGAAAAGCCACAUUGAGAAGGUCUAUCGAUUGACAACUGGGAAUGUGUCUGUGAGCCAAUACAGCCAGAAUCAUGGAAUCAAUUCCGCCUGAGAAGAGGAUGGCGACACUCGAUUGAUUACAGGCCUGUGGUUUAACAGGUAAAGACUGGACACGUCUCCUGACAGCCUCACUGAGGACAUCGAUUAGACCGUUCACCGCUUCAUUUUUCAUUUUGUCCAGAAGCUCUUCCAGAUCAUCAAUGCCAAAUUCUGGAUUCGAUUGGGGCUCAUACAGUGUCGUAUUCAGAGGACAAACAGGUGAUCUGAGCAGGUCUACGGGCUUUUUCAGUAUGAUGCAGCUGCCCGGGCCUGUAUGCUGGGUAGUCUCCACGGUGGUAGAGACUAUAUUAUCUCCAACAUGAGACCAUGGAUAAAGUUCUAUUGUUGGUGAUUCGGAUUCUACAACUGACUUGAGGUCAAUUCUGUACACGCCGAUGGCUGGGACCUCAUGCCAUGCACAUGAACCAGGUUCAGAAGAACUACAGUCAAAUUGACCAGGUCCACAAGGGCUGGUUCCUACAGAGCUGAGUGUCAAGGCCUUUAGUUGUUGGUCAUACUUCCACAGCAAACUUCUUCUCCCAAAGUAAUCUCUACCAAACCAGAGGCAGUCUUGGCUCUUCUGGUAAUACACAAAACCCCAGGGACCUCUUAUGGUGGACAGGACAGACAAAAUGUCAGACUGUUCGCUGCAAGAAGACAAAUGCCUCAGGACAACGGAUGUGUCAUUCUCAGCUGGACGAACUUCUAGACCUCCGAAUACCUCCCCGUUCCAGAGCAGGAGGUUUCCGGCAUGGUCUUGGACUGGCUGUGGGGUGAGGAGACCUCUCAUGUGGAGAACAUGGGCUAAGAACAAACAGCAAUAUGGACGAUUGGAGCCUGAGAGGAUUAAAUCAACGCUUGAGUCUGGCCCUCUUCUUUUCAAAUGUUCACACACUGCGUUGUCCCUCGUUAAGGAACCAAACUCUGGACACACAAUGCAAAAGAUGCCACACAUGGUUGCAGGAAGACUCAGCUUUACAUGUCCUGUAACUCCUUUGUCAGGCUAUCCAGCUUCUCUGUGGAGAAAAUAGAUAAAACUGUGUACAUUGCAAACACUUAAUUGACAAGAAACAUCUACAUAAGACAUAUUUUGACUCAGAGUCAGUAGACCUUAUAGAGUCCUAGCUUGUGGACAAAGAUUUGGAAUGACCAGGUCCACAAAAGUUGGACUGACUGACCAUUGUUAAAUUGGGCAGGUCUACAAAUAGCUGGAUUGGUACGACUGGCCAAUGCUGGAGUCCUGUGGACCUGGCCAUUCCAGCACGUGCUGGUCUAACUUCUGUGGACCUGGACCUUGAAAUCAGUUUUUAAUUGUCAAAAAUGCAAAAUAUAACAAAGGAUAAACUUACUCUUGCAUGAACUCAAGGUUUGUCCUCUGUCAGCCAAGAAUAAUAUGUUGCUGUUCCUCUGUUGGACAUACACUUUCUAAAAACAAAAUAUCAAAUUUACUAAAAUAUAAAAUUGAAAAUGAGAAAAAAAAAAAUCAAUACCUCCAGUAAGACUCACCCUGUCCUUCUUCAAAUUAGACAGCUCGUCAACUGCCACCUUUUGCUCCGUGAUCUACAUGGUAACAUAUACAUGGGUGCAUUUUCGUGAUUUAACAAUGUGGUGAAAAUACCAUAUUAAUGGCCAAAUAAUCAGGGUGGUGCCCAAUUUGAACUUCUUGAGUCCAAAUGCGGACACAUGCAGCAUUUUGCGAGCAAAUCUAGUCUGCUAUUUUGUCUGAAUUGUACUUGUGUGUGAAACUACAACUUUGCUAUUACUUUCUAAAUGUCAUCUUUUGCAAUAUUUUGGGUAAGGUUUUGUGAUCCAUCUUUCACUUACUUUCAAAUUGCAAAUUAGAUUUGAGAGAAACUAACACGAAAUAAAUCUUGUGGUUGGUGUUCGUAUAGAGCAGUACAUUAUAUAAAAUACAUUGCCAAAAAUGUGGAAUUAAAUCUCGAUACGUUUUAUUUACUUUGUCAAUAUUAGCUGGUGCUUAACAUUCAGGCUACAAUACCUGUUUGUUUAGCUCCUCUUUGCGUUCAACAGAAUGUCUGUGUAAAUCCUGGACAUUAUUGUUUUCUUUUGAAGACAUAAUUGGUUAAAAAAACAAGUUAAAUUAUAAACAAUAACAAACGAAAGCUCUAAGUAGCCGACGCGAAGCUACACCACGAGUUGCUAUGGGAAAAACUACUUCCG